AUGGUCCGAACCAGUGUUUUGAGCGAUGCUCUGAAGAACAUCAACAAUGCGGAGAAGGCUGGCAAGCGUCAGGUCCUCCUCCGUCCUUCCUGCAAGGUCGUCGUCAAGUUCCUUGAGCUUAUGCAGGCGCAAGGAUACAUCGGCGAGUUCGAAGAACUGUCCGACAACCGCUCCGGCAAGAUCGUCGUUCAGCUCAAUGGUCGUCUGAACAAGUGCGGCGUCAUCAGCCCUCGUUUCAACGUCCGCCUCGGCGAGCUCGAGAAGUGGGUGGUUCGACUCCUGCCUGCCCGCCAGUUCGGGCACAUUGUCCUUACCACUUCUUCUGGUAUCAUGGUUCAUGAGUCGGCUCGCCGAAAGCAUGUCUCCGGCAAGAUUAUCGGUUUCUUUUACUAG